GGGAGUUGCCCGAGCCGCGCUGCGGGGGCCGAGAUGUCGUCCCGGCCGGGGCGCGAGGACGCAGGGGCUGCGGGCGCGCGGCGGCCGCGUGAGCCGCCGGAGCAGGAGCUGCAGCGACGUCGGGAGCAGAAGCGGCGGCGGCACGACGCGCAGCAGCUGCAGCAGCUCAAGCACCUGGAGUCCUUUUAUGAAAAACCUCCUCCUGGGCUUAUCAAGGAAGAUGAGACUAAGCCAGAAGAUUGCAUACCAGAUGUACCAGGCAAUGAACACGCCAGGGAAUUUCUGGCGCAUGCACCAACUAAAGGACUUUGGAUGCCACUGGGGAAAGAAGUCAAAGUUAUGCAGUGUUGGCGUUGCAAACGGUAUGGUCACCGAACGGGUGACAAAGAAUGCCCUUUCUUUAUCAAAGGCAACCAAAAGUUAGAGCAGUUCAGAGUGGCACAUGAAGAUCCCAUGUAUGACAUCAUACGAGACAAUAAACGACAUGAAAAGGAUGUAAGGAUACAGCAGUUAAAACAGUUACUGGAGGAUUCUACCUCAGAUGAAGAUGGGAGCAGCUCCAGUUCCUCUGAAGGUAAAGAGAAACACAAGAAAAAGAAGAAGAAAGAAAAGCAUAAGAAAAGGAAGAAAGAAAAGAAAAAGAAGAAAAAACGGAAGCACAAAUCUUCCAAGUCAAAUGAGAGUUCUGACUCAGAGUGACAAGGAUGUGACUUGUUCAACAUUCUCUUCUCAAACACUGACCAAGGAACAGAGGAAGAUGCAGUCAGAAAGUAGCAGGGUAGAGACACUGAGAGAGGAGGAUAUGUGGGUCACAGCAGUGAGCUCCCACCCGCCUUCAGUGAAGAUGUGACCCCAGGAGAGGGAGUGUCUCCUUCCAGGUGCUAGCUCUGGACAGCAGCUGAUUUUGGGCAGGAAAGUUUCCUCAGUGUUGUCCUCCCUGCUAGUCACAUGAGUUUACGAUUCCUUUGAAGUGUCUCCCACGGGGUGGCAGGACUGGGAGAAUCUCUGAGGCGUGUCUUCCAGGCCCUCCCACAGCUUGUGCCCUCCACAGUGUGGACUCAGGUCCCAUAGACAUCAGGCUGGAGUUUUCUCUGUUGUUGAGAAUAAUAAAAGCUCAUUAUUUAUUUUUUAAA